AGCAGUGGAGUUUCAUUUUUUCUUCCUCGAAGGAAACCGAAGAAGCAGCAGCAGAAAAGUGAUAUCCCUUUUUUCUGCCAUCGCCAACGUCGUCUGUUUGCGUGGACGUUUGCCAAAAACGGCUCGCGGUGCGGUUCUGCAAAAGCUCUCCCGACCAUCCGACCAGUUGUUCGGCCGUUGUGUUGCGUUCGACAGGAAAGAUUGAUGUAGCUGCAUCGGUGGUGUAAGAAGAGUGUACUGUUUCCCGUCGUCGUGGAUUGUCGAGCAACUACUAAAAACAUCAUUUCAAGCAAUCGGCCUACUUUAAAACUGGGUUAAAUCCGGUAAAAUAAAAUCUCACGGCAACAGCUACCAUUCAUGGACGACAAAACAGGAAUCCUCCGCCCCGAUUGUUCCUUUCCGGUGGCAAGUGGCCAAUAGCACGCCUACAGUGUAUGAAAAAUACAAAAGCUGUGUAAAAAUAAUAGAAGUGAGUGUGAUAAAUCUAAACCCGCAGCAAAGUGAGCACACCGCGGAAAAGGACGUCACUUGCACACGAGUGUUUGUUUUCAUGUGUACGGAGUUUCCCGCGAACUUCCACCAUCGCUGCUGCUAGCCCCUAGAAGGGAGGACAAACAGACCGAGCAGGAAAAGAGGAUCAUCUGCCAACCACCAGAGAGAAACCAUCGUCGUCGUUGGACAUUAAUCUUCGUGCGAAAGUUGGAGGAUCCACCGGCGUAGUACGACCCCCGAAGAGAACGUCACGAUGAAUGCCUCCGAUCAUGGGUUCAAUCCAGCGUUCAAUAUGGCCACCAUACGACAAGCGAUCAACGAAACGAUAGAACGAGUGCGGAUUCCCACACCGACCCGCCUGCGCGAUCUCAUCCGACAAAUCCGUGCCGCCCGGACGGCGGCCGAGGAGCGCGCCGUGGUGAACCGGGAGUGCGCCUACAUCCGCAGCACAUUCCGCGAGGAGGACUCCGUGUGGCGGUGUCGCAAUAUCGCCAAGCUGCUGUACAUACACAUGCUCGGCUAUCCGGCCCACUUCGGGCAGCUCGAGUGCCUCAAGCUGACGGCCAGCCCGCGCUUCACCGACAAGCGGAUCGGCUACCUCGGUGCGAUGCUGCUGCUCGACGAGCGACAGGACGUCCAUCUGCUCAUAACCAACUGUCUGAAGAAUGACCUCAACAGUCCGACCCAGUUCGUCGUGGGGCUGGCGCUCUGCACGCUCGGUGCGAUCGCAUCGCCGGAAAUGGCCCGAGAUUUGGCCGGCGAGGUGGAGAAACUGAUGCGCUCUCCGAACGCGUACAUCCGGAAAAAAGCGGCCCUGUGUGCGUUCCGGAUCAUCAAGCGGGUACCAGAACUGAUGGAGAUCUUCCUGCCGGCCACCCGGUCACUCUUGAACGAGAAAAAUCACGGUAUUCUCAUCGCUGGCGUUACACUCAUAACGGAAAUGUGCGAAAAGAGUUCGGACACGCUGAAUCACUUCAAGAAGAUUGUGCCGAAUCUGGUACGAAUCCUGAAGAAUCUGAUCCUGGCCGGUUACUCCCCGGAGCACGACGUGAGCGGUGUCAGUGAUCCAUUCCUGCAGGUUAAAAUCCUUCGCCUGCUGAGAAUACUGGGCCACAACGAUCCCGAUGCGUCGGAAGCGAUGAACGACAUCCUGGCCCAGGUGGCGACCAAUACGGAGACGAGCAAAAACGUUGGCAAUACCAUACUCUACGAGACGGUGCUUUCGAUUAUGGACAUCAAAUCCGAGGGUGGCCUUCGUGUGCUGGCGGUGAACAUUCUUGGCCGUUUUCUGCUAAACAGUGAUAAGAACAUCCGGUACGUCGCGCUGAACACGCUGCUCCGGACGGUGCACGCGGACAUUUCGGCCGUUCAGCGCCACCGGAGCACGAUACUCGAGUGCCUGAAGGAUCCGGACGUGUCGAUCCGACGCCGCGCCAUGGAGCUGUCCUUUGCGCUGAUCAACUCACAGAACAUUCGGGCGAUGUCGAAGGAACUGCUCGUGUUCCUGGAGAAGGCCGAUCCGGAGUUUAAGGCCCAGUGCAGCAGCCGCAUGGUGCACGUGGCGGAACGGUAUGCCACGUCGAUUCGCUGGCGUUUGGAUACGCUGCUGAGUGUGCUGAUUGCGGCCGGUAAUUAUGUGCGAGACGAUGUGGUAUCGUCAACGAUCCAUCUCAUUCUCAACAGUCCGCCAGAGGAGCAGGCCUACAUCGGUAUUCGACUGUGGAGCUCCGUCCACAAUGUUGCCAACUCGGAGGAAAAGCAACCGUUACUGCAAGUGGCCGUGUGGACGAUCGGCGAGUACGGUGAUCUGGUGCUCAGCUCGGAGCGUAUCGAAGAUGUUGAACUUCCUGCAGAACAUCAGCUCGUCGAUAUUUACCAGCGGCUGCUCUGGUCUACCUCGGUUUCGACGACGACGAAACAGUACGCGCUGGUGUCGCUGGCCAAGCUAAGCACUCGCAUUCGCUCGAAGGAAGAAGAAACGCGUGUAAAACAGAUCAUCGACGCAUUCGGAUCGCAUUUAAAUAUCGAUCUGCAGCAGCGAGGUGUCGAGUUCGCGCAGCUGUUCCGUGACUACAGUCACCUGCGGCCAGCGCUGCUGGAAAAAAUGCCUAAAAUGCAGAAAACGUUACCGAACGGCACCGAUGCCGAUGGUGGUGGUGUGUUCGACGAUCAGCAGCCCACGAUCGAUCUGAUCGAGGGAGGUGAUGACGGCGAUAGCUCACUGAUGAUCAACACAGGAAAUAGUGUGGUUGGAGUAGGCAAAGUGGGAUCGGAUUCGCGCGCCCUUCUUGAUUUGCUCGGUGGUGGUGACGAUCCAAUCGAUGGUUUGGGAUUGACACCGACGGCGGACGUGCUGAUUUCUGGCAGCACGACAACGAACGGCAAAACGACCGUUGGUGGUGGCCUGCCGCCGCCGACCAGCAAUAAUCAGGAUCUGCUAGACCUGCUCGGCAGUCUCGAUAUGCCGGCCAGCACACCACCUGCCGCUGUCAACACGGCCAGCACACCGUCCCUCGGUGGCAUCGGGCUCGAUCUGAACAGUCUCAACGAUAAUAGCAUAAGAAAUGGUGGCAUCACGCCGAGUGGCGUUCAGCCCAAUCUGCUAGCAAAUUCGUCAUCCUUCGGUGGACUCGAUAACCUGCUGAAUUCCAACCUUUCGCCAACGACGACCACGUCGGGGGUGGUACCUUCGGCGAUGCCAGUUCUGUCCGGGUUGGGAUCGUCGCCACUCGGUGGUUUGGGAAGUCUCACGUCCCCGACUUCACCGGCGGGAGCUCUUACCACGGGAAGCACUGGUGGUGGUAGUCUGUUUAGCGACUUUUCGGCGGCGGUCAUCAAUAACAAUGAUGAACACGCCAAAGUACUGACCGCGCUGGACAAGAGCGGUAUCCUGGUGCAGCUGUCCGCCAAGCAUACCGGAGGCUCGUUGCAGAUUCUUAUGACGGCCACCAACAAUUCACUUACCACUCUCGAACAGUAUUUGUUCCAGGCGGCUGUACCGAGAAGUUUCGCGCUGCAAAUGCUUUCCCCGUCCGGCUCGACACUUCCACCGGGCGGUACCAUAACACAAGAAAUGCGAGUCACAAGCACGGCAAAGGCAACGCUCAGGAUGCGCCUACGAAUAUCGUACCAAUCGGACGGUAACCCCGUGCAGGAACAAACGGAAGUGACAGGAUUCCCGGAGGAGUCAACCGAAUGAGACCUAAACGAAAACUUCCAUCACCACCACCAUCAUCAUCAUCAUCAUCAUCAUCCGGAGCUACAGCAGUCCAACUAUUGUGCACCGAUAAGUGAAACGUCGUCGUCUGAUGCAGUUUCUCCAUCCGCAUCGGCUGCAUAUCGCUCAUUUCCUCCACCGUGUGCAGUGGGUAGAUUGUUUCCAUCAUAAAGUGAACACGCAGUUUGUUAGAACAUCGUUUAAAGCUGGGGUAAUCUUUUAUCCAUGAAGUCUUAUUUAUAUUCUGAUUGUGAAUUACUUUUAAGUGUAACUCUUAACCCUCAAUAGUUUCAGCAGGAGAAAAACAAAAAAACAAAUAUUAUGGUGCGGUAUUUCGAUGUGUAAUCCGUGCCGCCGAAGUAUGUAGCUGUGUUUACGGUUUUAAUUUUAUUUUUAAUUCAGACAGAAUACAUUGUUUUAUUAUUUGUUUUU